AUGGCGGGCCAUGGCGACUUGCAGGAGAUGCUGCGCAUGUUGACGGCGCGCAAAGCGUCCAUGAUGGCGGCCAUGGGCUACAUUAAGGCACUGCAGGCCAAGAACCUCAAAAGGCGAGAAUCUGACAGCAUCGACCAAAUUGCUGAGGCGCCUCUGGCUACGGUAGAGGCAGCCAUCAGUGACGCGAAGCUGGCCAAGAGCUUCCACACGGCCUGCAAGUCGCACGGCAAGAAGAGCAACAAGCGGGCGGCCGAGGAGCCCGCUGCCGCAGAAAGGAAGAAGCCCAGGCUGGAGGUGCACAAGCGGGACUUGGACUACAAUUCCAUGCCGCCCGAGGAGCUCGAGGCUUCACUGGCGCUGCCGCUGUGUGAGGACGAGGAACUGAUCAAGGGGACGACACUGGUUACCAACAGAGCCCCGCUGGUGCUUGCGUUUGCGGUGGAACUGCUGCGCUUCACGAUGCCGGAGCAGCCUCCAAGCAGUCGGCUCAGUCUUGCCCAGGCUGUGGUGAGUGCAAACUCGAGAUCCAAGGCCAUAAGCAUAGGCAUCGAAAAGGCGCCGGUCGGUGGGGAGACGCCAAUACCUACCGGCCAGCCCAAAGUUUCGGUUUUAGGACGAGAGAUUCCUGUUCUGAAACGAGGUGGCUAUACGUGGUCUGAUGAGAACCAACAAUCCUCAUCAUCUGCGGAGGCGACAAACUCGUCCUCGUCAACGGCAGCAUCCACAACGUCCCACAGUGUAUGGGCAACGAGCAAGACGCUGAGUUCCAAGGGGUCUGUUUUCGUAGCGCAUGCGGCUCCAAUAACGGCGCCGUCCAUGCGCUCGGGGCUCAUGAAGAUGCUCUUCAACCAAUACCCUGACCUAGAGAAGACGGCGGAUCACGUUGCCUGGGCGAUACGCACAAGCUUCGGAGGUUCGUCUCUCGUGCAAGAAGCCUCGUUUGACGAUGGCGAAGCAGGCUGCGGCAAGUUCAUGUUGGAGCUCCUGCGUGAGUCAAACAUCACAAACACACUCGUUGUGCUCGCGCGCUGGUAUGGCGGAGUCAUGUUGGGACCUGAUCGGUGGCGGCUGAUGCGCGAGUGCCUCAACGACGCCCUUUCGGCCCAGCGGCGGACGUCGACGUUUUCAGGAGAGGCGCUCUGGGGGCUCGAUGUCGAGGAUAAUAAGCCAUCCAUAUCGACAAUAGGCAUGGCCAUUCACCGUCCUGAAAACGCGAGGAACUAUCUCUUGCGGAGCUUUGCCUCUGCCGGUGCCUCUGAUGGCGGUGGAGGCAAAAAGACGGCGGCAGCACUGAACGAUGAGAAGCAGGAGAAUCUUGGGAGGCUUCUGGGUGCUCUCAGGCUGCUGUUUGCAAGCUGGGCCGGCGUUUUGGGGCGAGCCGAGUUGGAUCGGAGGGCAUGGAGCUGGUACGUGGCCGUCCGGCCUGACAUUGAGGCGGGCCCUUCUGGAUGGGGAGAGAAGGGGACGUUGAAGCUGUCCAAGAUUCUGGACCUGAGGCGGAAAGAAGCUGCGGUGACGAAGUGAUUGACCUGAGA